AUGGAUCUGCCGUCUUCUCUUAGUCUUCUGGAGGCCUUCUCCAAUGCCGAGGAUGUAGAUCGGUUGGACAGGGGUGGGGAUGGUCUAGAUCCCUUUGCGCAGUUCAUCGCGUCAGGGAGUAAGCAGAUAUCUGGUCAACCACACAUGACCUUGACGCACAAUGUGCCCCAGACAUAUCCCUUAGACAGUUAUCUUACGACGAUAAAUGAGUUGCUCUCGCCGCAGACCCCGGAUCUUAUUCCAGGGGAGCACAAUCAGCCAUUCGAACUGCAGCGAACUUUCGAAGCUCGGCUUCCGAAUCUCUCUGGAGAAAGUAAAGAAUAUCUACAGUUGAAAGGAGCUCUCAGAAUAGUUCCUAUCGACCUUCGGAAUGAGUUGCUCGCGGCUUAUAUCAAAUAUGUUCACCCUCUCUUGCCUGUCAUUGAUUUGCAAUGGUUUUUAUUAAAUGUCAUGGUCGAGGAUGAAAUCCGAUUUCCGAGCCCGCUUCUUCAUCAAGCUGUCAUGUUGGCUGGCAGUGCAUUUAUUGAGCAGGAAACUGCUCUCAAAGCUGGGUUCUCAUCACGGAAAGCAUUGCGAAGAACAUUAUUUGGGCGCGCCAAGCUUCUUUAUGAAUUCGAGACCGAACCCGACGCAUAUACCCAGAUCCAAGCAUUAUUGCUCAUGAUGCAAUGGCAUGGAGGUGGACUCGGCCACAAAGACCCAACAUACUGGUUCGAUCUCGCCUAUUCGACAGCAGAGCGCGUCGGUCUCCUUGCAAGUUUAGAAACAGGUAGUUUUUCUCACAAGCACAGGCUGUGGUGGUGUCUCUAUGUGCGCGACCGCAUCCUCUCCCUCGGCUUCCGUCGACCACUACGAAUCCCAAACAGCGAUGUCACAAUGUCACUACUGGAAUCUACGAGAUACUAUUCCUCCGAGCCAUACCAUGAGCUCGUGCUGGUUCUGCUGGGAGAAGCAUCCGCCAUGCUCAACUGGGAAAAUCAAGAGCGAAUGAUGCUUCUGUUCAUUCAGGAGAUUAAGCUUGCUCAUUGUGUGGGCGUCAUCAUCAAUCUGCUUUACGAAGAUGCUUGGUCGCCGUCGCCAUCAGGAGAAUGUGAAUACUCCAUGGUACCCAAGUCAGAUCUAUCUCAGGUUGCCAUAACUGGAUGCGAACAGCUUCUGAAGACCUGGAUUCAGGAUCUUCCUGCCCCGGCACAUUAUUUCCCCCAUCACUCUUACACGAUUGCCAUUCGGAGUCUCCGGAGAUUGUCCUCAUUGUUCACCAGGCUUUCUUGUAUCUCCUCCAUCUCACUGCGAUGUCCAUAA